AUGGAAACACAUACUAUGACGAUUGUCAAUACAUUCGAAACUAAUAAACAACAAAUGAAUUCUACUGAUCAUAUUCUUCAAUUCAAUGAUUAUUUAUCUGUUCAUCAAAAUGAUGGUCAUGAAAUCAAGUUUCUUAAUCUUGAUCGAUGUUUAAGACAACCUUAUAUUAUUAAUGAUAUUCCUAAUAAUGAAUUAAUUGAUGGUAUUUCACUUACUCAUAAUUAUUUAAUACAGAUGCCUACAUUUGUUUCUAAUUAUAUAAAUCUUAUUGAAUUAAAUGUUAGUCAUAAUGAAUUACAUAAUACAGAUUUUAUUUUAUAUCAACCAUUGAAUGAUAAUGAAUUAACUGAAUCUUAUUGGAAUGAACAAUUAAAAAUCAAUUCAAAUAAUCAAUCAUUAGACAAGGUCUAUAGUUUUAUAGAAGACACUUCUCGAAAAAAUGAAAAGACAGAUAAUAAUGAACAAACCAAAGUUUUAUCAACUAAAAAUACAAACUAUGGCAAACAUUCGAAACCAUCAACACCUUUAUCAACUAAACAAAUAUCUCGUCCAUUGAUUCAUCCAUUUCUUAAAUAUAUCAAUUUAUCUUUUAAUCAUAUUAAAUAUCUUCCAAAAAAUAUUCAUUAUCUUCGUUUUCUACAUACACUUAAUUUAUCACAUAAUUAUCUUACAGAAUUACCAUAUAAUAUUGGUUAUCUUGAACAAUUAAAUACAUUAAUACUUGAUCAUAAUUAUUUAAAAUUUUUACCAACAACAUUUACUCGUUUAAUUCAAUUAGAAAAAUUAAAUUUAUCAAAUAAUUAUUUUGAAUCAAUUGAUAUAAUAAAAAAUUUUUCAAAUUUAAAAUUAUUUUCAAUAAAUUCAAAUCCAUUAAAAAUAUUUCCUAUAUUAUUAUAUACUUGUUUUAAUUUAGAAGAUAUUUCUUUUUCAAAUAUACAAUUAAAUCAAAUGAAUAAUAUAACAUUUGAUAUAUUUAAUCAAUUUUUAAAAUUAAAAAAACUUAAUUUAUCAAAAAAUAAUCUUAAAAAUGAUUUUCUUUCAUUAUCAUCAAUAAAACAAUUUGAUUAUUUAGAAGAAUUAAAUUUUCAACAUAAUGAAUUUACAAAUAUAUUUUCUUUAUUAUCAAAUAUGAAAUUAUUAAAUAUACUUGAUUUAAGUUAUAAUUCUUUAAUUAAUAUUCCUGAAUGUUUAAAUUCAAAUUUAAAAAUUUUAUGUCUAUCACAUAAUAAUAUUGAACUUAAUUCUAAUGAUUGUAUUUAUUUAAAAAAUAUUAUUGAAUUAGAUUUAGAUCAUAAUCAAAUAAAACAAAUACCAAAUGAAUUUAUACAAUGUUUACAUUUAGAAUCAUUAAAUAUAUCAUUUAAUCAAUUUAUAAAAUUUCCUGAUAUUAUUUUAGAAUUACGUUCAUUAAAUAAAUUAAUAAUUAAUCAUUCAAAAUUUCAAUAUUUAACAACAAAAAAUUUAUUUGAAAAAUUUUUUUAUCGUACAUUGAAUAUUCUUAAUUUAUCAAAUAAUAAUUUACAUACAAAUUUACAUGAAUUAACUUGUUUAAAAGCAUUAACAUAUUUAGAUUUAAGUUUCAAUCAUUUAUAUGAACUUGAUCAUGAUUUUAAAUUAUUAACAUGUUUAAAAAUAUUAAAAUUAAAUAAAAAUAAAUUUACCAAAUUUCCAUCUUGGUUAUAUGAAAUGUCAAAUAUUAAUAAUAAUAAUCAAAAAUAUAUUGCUGAAACUCUUUUGGAAUUGUAUAUGAGUGAUAAUACAAUAGAAUCUAUUCCUGAAGAAAUUGUUCAUAUGAUAAAUCUACAAACUAUUGAUUUAUCUAAUAAUCAAUUUUUGAAAUUUCCUGAUACAUUAGUUUUACUUGAACAACUUACAACAUUUAUCUAUUCUCAAGAACAUGGUAUUCAUAUUAAUAAAUUACCUGAUGAUUUUAUUCAUUUAUAUAAUCUUAAAAAACUUGAUUUAUCUCAUAAUAUAUUUAAUGAAAUACCAGAAAUGAUUUAUAAUUUAACUAAACUUGAAUAUUUAAAUAUGAAUUAUAAUCUUCUUACAAGUAUAGAUAAUAAUCGUUUAAAACAAUUAAAAAAUUUUAAAACAAUAAAAUUAAAUGGAAAUAAUUUUACAUCAUUUCCAUCGACACUUUAUCAAUUAGAAACAGUUAAUAUCAAUGAAAAUCCAUUAUGUUUAGCACCACCAAAUGAUUUUAUAGAUGAUAAAUAUAUUUCAGCAACAUCAAAUCUUUAUGUUCAAAUUAAUGAUAAAUAUGAAGAAAAAUUAUUUGAAAUUUAUCAACAAAUUUUUAUUGAAAAUUUAACAAGUUAUGAUAUUGAAAAUUUAUUAAAACGUUUUAAAUUAUCUAAAAAUGACAUGAAUAAUUUUCAUGAUAAUUAUUCUAAUUUAAAACGUGAAAAUAAAAUUGAAAUAUUAUUAAAUAUUUGGAAACAAAAACGUGGUUCAUUAGCUAAUUCUGAUGCUUUAUAUAAAUUUGCACAAUUAAUUGGUGAUAAAAAUCUUGUACAAAAAAUGCAAAAAGCUUAUUUAAUUGCACGAAAAAUUCGAAUUUAA